UAAGUGAUUCAUGGUCACCCAAACAUUGUGCCUGCUCUGAUUAUUAAUGUACUAAAACAUAGUGGAUACAAAGUUUUUAUAUAUCCUCUGAAAGUGUUCAUGCAAAUUUAUUUACUUAUGCUGAAAGAUGAUGACAUCAUUGUCUGUAGGUAAAACAAAAAUUAUUUGUGGAGUUAGAAAAAACUCAGUGUGAGCAGAAUUCAUUGACAUAUUAUUUUUUAACAAAUUUGACAAACAAACAAACAAACAAAAAAAUUGACUGUCACCCAGAAUCAGAUUAGGAGUGGGAUGCUGUGGAAAUCGCCAAUCGGCAUUUAUGAACCUCAUUCUUCAAAUAAUGACAUGGAGAGGAUGAGACGGAGGUUUGAGAUCAGUGAUUCAUGCAUGCAAAUAAACUGCAUGAGUAUAUAAUGAGCCUGAGCUCAAUAUCGCCUUCAGACGAGCGGGGGAUAACGCAGUAACAAGGCUUCAGCAUUUAUUUUCAUCAGUGUUGCUUUAUCAGCCUUUGGGGGAGCUGACCAUUUUCAAGAUGAAACGAGGACAAACAGGUCUCCAGUCUAAGUGCCCGGCGUUCUCCGCCCACGAGAAGCGGGCUAACAGACAGAAGAAGGCUACGUCUGGCUGUGCCCAGUCCUACACCGAAGACUGGGGAAACUUGCCCCACCAUGUGGUCCUGCAGAUAUUCCAGCAUCUGUCACUGAUAGACCGGGCCAAGGCAUCGUCUGUGUGCCGUCGCUGGAAUGAUGUCUUUCACACCCCUGACCUGUGGAGGAGGUUCGAGUUUGAGCUCAACCAGCCGGCCACAUCAUACCUGCGCUCCACUCACCCUGACCUUAUUCAGCAGAUCAUCAAGAAGCACGCCCAGCACCUGCAGUAUGUUAGCUUUAAGGUGGACAGCUGCAUAGAAUCUGCAGAGGCGGCCUGUGACAUUCUCUCCCAGCUGGUGAACUGUACCAUUAAAACCCUGGGGCUGAUUUCCACAGCGCGACCCAGCUUUAUGGAUGUGUCUCAGUCGCACUUCGUGUCUGCACUGACGGUGGUGUUUGUCAACUCCAAGUCCCUCUCCUCCAUCAAGAUUGAUGACACUCCAGUGGAUGACCCUUCCUUAAAGGUGCUGGUUGCCAACAACAGUGACACACUUAAGUUGCUGAAGAUGAGCAGCUGUCCUCAUGUCUCCCCAGCAGGGAUCCUGUGUGUGGCAGACCAGUGCCAUGGUUUGAGAGAGCUGGCAUUAAACUACCACCUCCUGAGUGACGAGCUCCUUCUUGCUCUUUCAUCAGAAAAACACGUGAACCUUGAGCACCUACGCAUUGAUGUGGCGAGCGAAAACCCCGGCCAGACACACUUUCACACCAUCAAAAAGAGCAGCUGGGAGGCCUUGGUCCGACACUCGCCCAAGGUCAACAUCGUCAUGUACUUCUUUCUCUACGAGGAAGAGUUUGAACCUUUUUUCCGUGAGGAAACACCUGUCACCCACCUAUACUUUGGCCGGGCGGUUAGCAAAGACAUGCUGGGCCGUAUUGGACUCAACUGCCCCCGUCUGGUGGAGCUGGUGGUGUGUGCCAACGGUCUAGAGCCCCUGGACGAGGAGUUGAUACGUAUCGCCGAACGAUGCAAGAGCUUGACUGCCAUCGGCCUGGGUGAGUGUGAAGUGACCUGCAGUGGCUUUGUGGAGUUUGUGAAGAUGUGCGGUGGCAGGCUGACUCAGCUGUCAAUCAUGGAGGAGGUGCUGAUCCCAGACAGCAGCUACAACAUGGAGCAGAUCCACAGUGAAGUGUCCAAACAUCUGGGCCGCAUUUGGUUCCCUGAUAUGAUGCCCACCUGGUAGAGCUGGCGCAGGAGAAAUCUGGCACCUUCAACAACUCACAGUUGUACUGGGUGAAUGAACACUGUCAGUACGAAGGAAACAAGUAGUUUGAGGCGACAUGGACACAUUUUCUGACUGUUUACCCUUCACUGGCAGAGCUUUGUCAUUUUGUAUAACAGGACUGUGUUGAAACGCCCAGGAUUUUCCCAUGUAUUAAACUGUAAAUUAGCUGUACAAAAUUGAGUUACUUUUGCUGUGUUGAUGUCGUAGUUCUACUAAAAGAUUUAUUAUUCAUUUGUUAUUUUCAUGGUCAUCAUCUAUUUCCGUUUUCAUGUGUU